UGCGUGGGGAUGUGUCACCCGUCAGUCAUACAGAUCAGGUCAUCCAUGGCAAAACCAGACGUCAUUCCAGUGCCAUCCUCCGAGUCCAAUAGAGAGCGAGUAUACCCCUAGAGCGCCAUGCAAGUUGCCUUUAACCGCCUCAACUCUGUAGCAAGAUCAUUAUCACUAAACACAUUCACUCGUAAUAUGUCUACUGUGCCCGCGCCUAAACCCAAGCCUUUUGUUCUGUAUACCGCUGGAACUCCCAACGGACGCAAAGUUAGUGUUUUUCUGGAGGAGCUUAGAGCGGUUUAUGGGGAGAAGGUUGAUUAUGACUUCGAGAAAAUAGACAUCGGACGCAACGUCCAAAAAGAGCCCUGGUUCAUCAAGUUAAACCCAAACGGCCGAAUCCCAGUGCUCGUCGACCGCGCGCGGGAAGACUUUGUCGUGUUCGAGACAGCUGCUAUUUUGCUUUAUCUCGAACAGCAUUAUGAUCCGGAGAGGAAGCUUGGGUUUGACCCUGUGUCGCAGCCUAAUGAUUAUAGCGAGAUGCUUCAGUGGAUGUUGUGGGCGCAUGGAGGCGUUGGUCCUAUGCAAGGGCAAGCGAAUCACUUUAAUAGAUUUGCACCUGUGGAUAUUCCCUAUGCGAAGAAUCGUUAUAUCCUGGAAACGAAGCGCCUCUAUGGCACCGUGAUUACCUCGCCUGGGCCCGGCCGAGGUGUGUAUAGCGCUGCAGACAUCAACGUUUUCCCAUGGAUUAACGUUCAUCAAUUUGCGGGUAUUGAAUCUCUCGACGAGUGGCCAAGUCUCCAGAUGUGGUUCGGUCGUAUUGAAGCGCGUAAAGCUGUUCAGGAUGGCCUUGCUAUUCCUUAGUGGACUUAGCACUGAGUCGGGGGCUCUAGCAUGGGUAUUUAGUAAACGAUCUCUUGUCACGUUUCUAUUUUUACACUCAGUUGUUGCAUGAUGGUACUCAUUAGUUUUGACGUGUCAGCAGGUCACGGUGAAGUCGAGCGUCCGGAUUUAGUUUUUCUGCUCGUCUCGUUUGAAACGCCCGGUACUGCCGAGACGGUAUGGCAACGGGAGCAGGUGAGAAGGGCGCAAGACGCCGUGCUGUGCAAAGCUUGAAUACUUGGACAAGUUCAAUUGGCGGUGGCAUGAUAUCACCACACCUGCAUGUCUUACUAUACAGGUCAUCGAAUCGACUUUCUUGGGUCCCCAAGCACGGGA